AUGGAUAGACCAGUAUUAAACACCCAUCAGCGAAAGCUCACAAGCGCUACAAUUAGUAGUAGGAUUCGCCGUACUAGCGUGUAUGAGACAUACGAAAGGGCCAAAAAUCGAGGCGCGCGAUUGCAGAGAAAGAAAUGGGUGCAGGUAACAUUUGAGUACGGCACAUAUACUUUCAUAUUAGCCUUUGUAUACUUCGUUCUCAUUGGCGUGCCACUUUGGAAAGGAUCUGUAUACUGGCUUUGGUGGGUUGUCGCAAAUAAGUUUGUCUUUGCUGGAGGAUUUGGGAUCACGCUUGGCAUAGCUCUAUUCUACGCCUUUGCCCCUCUUCUCGUAUUAUUCGAAGAGGGACCAAGGGCUCAAAGUUUGUCCGGAAUAGAGUCUAAGGUGGAUCCAAAGGUCGGAGACACAGCACUCAUGAUCCCCUGCUACAAAUCGGCAGGCCUGAUUGCGGCCACUCUUGAGGCCGCACUCAAAAUUUUCCCUCCCUCACACAUAUUCGUUAUCGCAAACGGUAACAGUCCUACACCACUCGACGAUACUGAGGAGGUGUGUCGGCCAUACGGAGUAAAUCACGUAUGGUCGCCGAUCGGAAGCAAACUCGUUGCGCAAUUUGUCGGAUGCUUCGCUACGAAGGAUUUCAAAUAUGUCCUGUUGAUUGAUGAUGACUGCGCGCUUCCCUCAAACUUUCCUAUUGUCACAGAUCGGUUAGUUGGAAAGGUGCAAUGUAUUGGAUACACCAUUAAAAGUGUUGGGCCGAACUCAUCUAAAGGAAAUCUGUGCCAACAGGCACAAGACUUGGAGUACAAACUUAGUGGUCUUCAGCGUGACUUCGCUGGACGUGUGGGCUCGGCUACAUUUCCUCAUGGCGCGAUAUCACUUUGGGAUCGCCAAACACUCAUGAAGACUUUUUACGAACAUCCUGGCUUCAGUGUCUCUGAGGAUUGGUUCUUUGGACACGUUGCUCGAAAGCUGGGCUGCAGAAUAAAAAUGUGUUCCAGUGUCUUCGUCGAGACUGAAACACCUACCGCAGUUUUAUUCUCGAGAGGGGGUUCCCGGGGUGGAUUUGGCGAGAUGACAAUAUUCAAGCAGCGGUUCAUGCGGUGGAACUUCUUCUUCGUGAAUGGCCUGUGGUACAACCUCUCAUACAUCUUUUGUAGCUGGAAAUUGGGAUGGUACGAAAUUGGUGCAAAAGUCUUCGUGUUCCAAGAGGUUUACGAGACGAUACUCUAUCUUUUAACGCCUUUUAUCCUUCCAAUAUCCUUCUACGUCCGCCCAUCAUUUUGCGGGAUCCUCCUCGCAUCAACAAUCCUCAUGUACCUGAUCAACACCAUCAUUUUCAACGAAGUGCAUCUUCGUCAAAAGAAUGAGCGGCUUGGUUGGGUGUUGGUUUAUAUUUAUUACUUGCCAUACAAGAUCAUAUUGACCUUCAUUAAUGUCGCAAGCUGCUAUUGGUCAUUGUGGCAGUACGCGCGAUACUUCGCUCGCCGCCACCCUAAGGUCACUGAGGAUGAAAAAGCCGUUGAGAUCGUUGUGCGCCUUGAAGAAAGCAAAGCCGCUGCGGCAUCUGGACUUGGCCGUCGCCUAACUGUUAAGGCUAUCAGCUCACAAGAUAUUUCUAAUUAG